AAAAAUCGACGUCAAACCAAACAUGUCAGUCGCACAUAAUGGCGGAGGUUGUGUUUUUUAUAUCAGUAAUUAAAUCCGGUAAUGUUUUUUUUUUAAAUGAUUGAAUCUUAACGUGUGCUUUAAUUUAAGUCAGCGUCCGUUUUAGUUUUUGCCUUGACUUUGAGAUCUCAGAAUAGUGAAGAUUUUAUAGAGAAUGGAGUUUGUGUACGUCGAGCUAUCGAUAUAUUUAUUGAAUUAGUGUGAGACAAGAAGGGUCGCUCGCCGGUAUCGGAGCUACGAGGGUGGCGGCGGUGGCAGAACAAAAUGGGGGCUCAGCAGGCCAAAGAACGCGGCACGGCCAGCGGCGCGUCCAUGCGUUCGGCAAGGAACAAGCCUCGGGUGCCCAGAGACCCCCGCAUCCUUGGCUCGAAUAUUUUUACUGAACACAGCGAAGCUCUGCUGCAGAGUCGCCCCUUGCCGCAUAUUCCGGAUUUGCCGGAUAGCGAAGGCGCCUCCGCCGCACCGGCUACACCCCAACCUCUAGACUCCGCCAACAGAUGGACUUCAAAAGAAAACCUAUUAGCGCACCACGAAGAGGAAGAUCCUCAACUCUUUGUCGCGCUUUACGAUUUUCAAGCCGGAGGCGAAAACCAACUUAGCCUUAAGAAAGGCGAGCAAGUACGUAUAAUGAGCUACAAUAAGAGCGGCGAAUGGUGUGAAGCGCACACGCUGUCCGGCGGCGUGGGCUGGGUGCCCAGCAACUACGUGACGCCUGUCAACUCUCUAGAGAAACAUUCCUGGUACCAUGGUCCGAUAUCUCGGAACGCAGCUGAAUAUUUGCUAUCAUCCGGGAUCAAUGGAAGUUUUCUGGUACGAGAGUCCGAGUCUAGUCCUGGCCAAAGAAGUAUAUCGUUACGGUACGAAGGUCGCGUCUACCAUUACCGUAUAAAUGAAGACUCUGACGGAAAGGUGUACGUGACAUCGGAAUCGAAGUUCGGUACGCUCGCCGAACUCGUACACCACCACUCGGUGCUCGGCGACGGCUUGAUCACGCAGCUGCUGUACCCGGCACCGAAACGAAACAAACCCACCGUGUUCCCGCUCGCGCCGCCCGACGAGUGGGAAAUAGACCGAACCGACAUUGUCAUGAAACACAAGCUCGGUGGUGGGCAGUACGGGGACGUGUACGAAGCCGCCUGGAAGAGGUGCAACAUGACUGUUGCGGUGAAAACUCUAAAAGACGAUACGAUGGCUCUAAAAGAUUUUCUCGAGGAGGCUGCCAUCAUGAAGGAAAUGAGGCACCCUAAUCUCGUGCAACUGCUGGGAGUUUGCACCCGCGAGCCUCCCUUCUACAUCAUCACAGAGUUCAUGAGUCGCGGCAACCUGCUGGAUUACCUGCGCACCGGCAACCGCGAACAAAUCGACGCCGUCGUCCUGAUGUACAUGGCGACCCAAAUUGCAUCCGGAAUGAGUUACCUGGAAAGUCGUUCGUUUAUACACAGGGACCUCGCCGCUCGCAACUGCCUCGUCGGCGAGAACCACCUCGUGAAAGUUGCAGACUUCGGUCUCGCACGUCUUAUGCGCGACGAUACUUACACCGCCCACGCGGGGGCGAAGUUCCCUAUCAAGUGGACUGCACCCGAAGGCCUGGCCUAUAACACCUUCAGUACCAAGUCCGAUGUGUGGGCCUUCGGUAUCCUGCUCUGGGAGAUAGCUACGUACGGCAUGUCCCCAUACCCCGGCGUCGACCUCGCUGAUGUUUAUCACAUGCUCGAAAAGGGCUAUCGUAUGGAGUGCCCGCCUGGCUGUCCGACCGAGGUGUACGAACUGAUGCGUGGCUGUUGGCAGUGGAAUCCUGCCGAUCGCCCCUCCUUCCGCGAAAUACAUCACGCGCUCGAGCACAUGUUCCAAGAUAAUUCUAUCACUGAAGAGGUGGCGAAGCAGCUGCAGGAAGGGGUAUGCGCAGGCACUCCACAAAUGUCGGUGAAGAAGGCGGGCAUCAGCGCUAGUGGCGGAGACCGCGGCGUGCAGAUGCGUCGGCCCACCAACAGACGCGGCAAACAAGCGCCCACACCACCGAAGCGGACCAGCCUUCUAUCAUCGUGCAGUUCAUUCCGCGAAUCGCAGUACGCGACCGAGGAGCAAGGCGGCCAUGACGAAGGGCUCGCUUCGCUUAACGGCGGGGGUCGAGGCGGGGGUCGCGAAGCUUCGUCUGAGGGUUCAUUGGCGGAGGCGACUCCGGACACCGACGAGUCAGGUGGUAUGGGUCUACCAGAGCAUAGGCACCGAUCAAAACGGAGACACCAUGUGCACGCGCAACCUUCCCACCACCCGCCAGCCCACGAACUGCAGCCAAAGCCUGGGGUUCAAGUCGCAGCGCUUGAGGUUCAAAAUGUAAAACGCGCCAUUAAUAGAUAUGGAACAUUGCCUAAGGGAGCUCGUAUCGGCGCUUACUUGGAAUCACUACGACAGAGCGGCGGCGCCGGCAGUAACCCGCAAUGCACUAGUAUUACUCGGGAACCCCAACAAGAUGAAGCGCGCUCGUUGUCUCCGCGGACAGCUCGAGCUCAACCGCACAUGAUCCGCUCCAACUCAUCUGGAGGUGUUACAGCUCCCGCACCCGCUUCCCCCCGCGCAUCCCGAGCCGCGCCACCUCUGCGAUCUUUUACUAACAGCCCCGCUAAACCGAGGCCGAGGCUAGCUGAGCUAGAAUUUCCUCCUCCGCCACCCGAUCUUCCACCACCGCCGGAGGAAUCUGCACAACCCCCGCCACCACCUCCGCCGCCUGAAUGUUGCCGGGAUGCCGGCACUGACACGGCAGAUAGACUCGAGGACUUUUCUCUUAUUCUACAAGACCGAUCAGAAGCAGAAGAAAAACCAGCGAAACAGAUCAUGAAGGAGAUGUUAGAGUUAAAACUCGUUGCUGAAAUCAAGGAACGCGCCGAUAAAAAGAAACAUAAACAAAAAGAGUCACCGCCGUCUCAUGAAGUUAUUGAGAUGCAUACUUCGUUCGGUGAUCCAGUCACGCGGCUAGUAUCGGAACUCUCCGAAAGUCUAAAUAUGGAAGCUCUGCGUAAAGCAGAAAAAAAAGUUGAGCCCACAAAAUCUAUUGACAAUGGAAAAGACUCCAUAUCUCCGAUAGACCUGAAAGCGAGUCUCAGAAAGACGUCCUACGGCAGCAACGUCGAAAAGAAAUCAGAAUUUGAAGGAAAAACCGAUUUUAAGUCCCAACUCAAAAAAGUUGACACAAAUAAAAUAAACAUCGCAUCCAAGGACGCGGAAGAGCCCGGACGCUCUAUAAUUGAUUUCAAAUCGCGAUUACGGAAAGUUGAUGGCGGUUCACCCGCGACUAAUGGAACUACCAAAAAAACAGAGCAAAGUUCUCCAGAAGAUUCUAGAAAGGACGUGUCGAUCAAGAGUGAUGACUCUGAUAAGAAGCGCUCAGAAAGUGGCUCGCUGGACACUAGCGCCGGCGACGACGAAGAUAAAAGACGAAGUACUGGCAGUAUAAGUAGCUUAAAGAAACUAUGGGAGAGUAAAGAAACGGAUGAGCGAUUAAGCCCUAAGUUAAAACCGAAAGGAGAAGAGAGUGAGGAAGGUUCUCCAGAAGAAAGAACUGGGGGAGCCAUCGGUAGAAGUGGCAGUGUCCAGGUGCGACGAGGUGAAGACAAACCGGUAGUGGCAAGUAAGCCAGCGGUGCGCGCACGACCCCUCGCAAAAAGCGGAAUUUAUGCUACCCCCCUUGCGCCCCCUGGAUCUUCAGAUGCUGACGAUGGGGACGCACUGGCCGCUCUAAGGGUUUCAUUAGAGUGGUGCACGAACGAGGUACGUCGCGGUUGCGGUGGUACCAGCGGUGGGCGAGGUUCGCUGUGGCGACUCCAGACAUCUGAGCGCCUCGCUCGUCUCGGCGGAGCGUGCGCGACCGCGGCCGCUGCCAGUCGCUGCGCACCGCAGUUACGCGUACAGCUUCGCGCUGCAGCCGCUAGACUGGAAGCGGAGGCGCGUGCGCUCGCCUCUCCCGCGCCUCACCACCAUCACCUAGCUGACGGCGUUGAGCAAGCGCUAAGGGACCUCGCCACUAUCGUUCACAGAUAAGAAGGACAAUGACCAGUGGAACCUACCUCCGCCGCGUCAGCGUCGACGAGCCAUGCUGCAGUCCACGCUAAUGAACUACUCAAAUGAAUAUGACUAUACAAGCGUCGACUGUAAUAACCCUCACCUUACUUGACGUCUCACACUUUCCAAACACUUCUCAGUAUCAAAAGACUUUAGCCCCGCUUAACAAAACAAACCACCGUUUACUCACAUCCAACGAGACUCGAUUAUCGACACGUGGUUCGGUAAUCGUUAUUUAUUAUUACUAACGCAAACACGCCAAAGAAAAUAACCCGUUCCAUUUUGGACACACUCUGCCGAGACAAGUUCCGUCGUAUGAUUACCAUCAAAUACUCUUGAUUUAGAUUUUAGACGUAUGUGUUCUGAAAAAUACGGUGUAAGAUAUGUGGUAUAUUUAUUGAAUUAUAAGUACAAACGCUGAAAACUUUAACAUUGCCGUCACAAAGUAAAGCAAAGGGUAGGUAGUUGACAAGUACAACCAUUUCCCGGACUAAAUAAUAAGUAUAAAAAUCCCUUUUGGCAAGUAUCAUCUCUAAAUAUUUUAAGACUGACAUUAUAAAAAAAAUCAUCUACUUUCUAGUUUUUUAAAAAAAGGUAUUUAAAUUCCGUCUGCUUUAAUUGACACCUCAAAUAAAGUCGUUUAAAAAAAACUAGUAAUUCUGUUUGACUAACUCUAAUGUAUUAUAUUUUAAAUUCGUUGAAAUGGUUUCAAUGAAUUUAUCAGCAACUGAAAUUACAAUAUUAUGAAAGUCAGUAUUUAAUUAAUUUCAAUCAUUUUUAGAAUUUAGUAAUAGCAAAUUAAAUAAUUGAAUACAUUCCUUUACCAGUUCCAUAAGAAUUGUAUUAUUUCCAACGAUUUAAUACAUUUGAAAUAGUAAUAGAUUCUAUAACUGUAUAGUUCAUUAUUUUCAGUGCCAAAUAAUAUAUUUAGUAUGUGACAUAAGUGGCACGUACGUGCCUAUGUAAAAUAACGUUGAUUCUCCUCUAUCUAACCGAACUUAACUUCGAGGCCAAUCAUUUGGUUCUAGGCUAUGUGAAACUAAUAAUAGAAUAAACUUUGACAUCGUUAUUUGUUACUUUACAAGUCUAUAGUCUCAAGAUAUAGCGAGUGUUGUAGCUGUAAUCGUUGAAGCUAUGCGAGCGGUGCCUGUAGUUUCCGCUAACGCAUUCGUUAGGUUUAAAAUUUACCUAAAACAGCGCUCUCGAUUCCCGCAAACAUUCCUCAUCGACUUCAUCUACUUAAAUAUAUUAACUCUAUCGUGUAUUAAUCGCCAUUUAGCAUUUAAUUCAAUGUAUUAAUAUAAUAAAGUGUAUUAGAAUUUCGACUUGGACCAAUAAAUAUGCAUUUUUUUUUGUUUUAAAAUGGGCGUCGCUUUAAUUGCCCUCGAGAGGGCAACGCUUGCGCCUUUGCGUUAAAGACUGACGUUGUGGAUUGGUUCGUUUCAGGCCUAUUAAUUACGAUAAAUUUUAUAUUGUAUGUGUAUACAGCGCGUCACAAUUAAAUACAUCAUUAGAAGCAGGUGCAAUCUGAUCGGUAUUCAUUUUUUUUUUAUAUAAUAUAUAACUUGAAAAUAAAAAUAAUUUUUCAAUGUUCUAUUUAAGUUAGCGUACUGUGAUACGGCUUUUAGAAAUCGGUUUAUUAUGCUCAAAAAAAACUUUCAAUAUAUAUUCUCUUGUAAUAAAAUUUGUAGGGUCAGUCGAUCAAUAGGUAACAAUUUAUAUUAAAGAUUGUUAAGAAUUAUACUGACGUAUGCUAGUCUUUAUUAUUAUAAUAAAUGUAUUACAAUGUAUAAGAUUAAAUAUAUAUACGUAAGUUUUCUUGAAUAUAUUUGCGUACAAUUAUUCACAAUAUUUUAAUAAUCAUUAUAAGAUAAGUGUUUUGUAUUAGACGGAGGGUAUUUGUAUUCUUGUGAAACUGAAAUUAUUCAAUACCCAUCGGGAUAGUUUUACCAAACGCAUAUUAACCUCCAAAGCUCUGUAGAUAUUGCUUAUCAUUUAGACGCGAAAAAUCACUUCGCUGAAGGCCAUAGCCUAUUGUACUCAAACGUUUGCGUGUAGUGUAGCUCACUCUGAAAACAGUUUAGAAGCAAGAGGCCGGGGUGGCAAAGCUCAAGACGGAUCGAAUUUAUAGAGGGCGGUUGAGGGGCGCGACCUUGUUUUGUAAGGCGUUCUUUUGUUGUAUACAUUGUGUUCUACGUAAUGCUUUCUCGAUUUAAUUCUAGUACAAUAUGUAUGACAGCAUCUUAUUUAAUCAGGUGUAUUUGGAAUAUUAAUUUAACAGUAGUGUAUGAGUUUUACCAGUUAUGUAAUGAAAUCGUGAAAUGGAAUUAUAGAAUUUAUUGAAAAAACACAAAUUAUUAAAAAUAAUACCUACUAUUUAAAAACAGUAAGGGCGCUUUACAUUCUAGUCACGCGGAAGUUGGAAUUGAAGUAGGAUUUGAAAUGAACUGCAUUCAGAGUGUUAACCAGUUUUAUAUUAUUGUAUGUCUAUUAAAUAUAGAAGAACUGUCCAUUACAUCAGUGAUAAAGCUAAUCAUGCCAUAUCCUCAAUUUCAUACUUUGAUCAUAUCAUAGCUUAUUUGUAAUAGUAUUAUUAAAUGUGGAGAUUUCAACCUCGCUUGAAUUGAUGUUCGCUGGCAAGCUGUUAUAAUAAUAAAAAUAAAGUAUUUGUGUAUUAUCAGUCCCACAUCCUCUUUACGAAAUUCAAUUCCCCUCUUAUUUCAACCGCCUUCUUUCCCUUAUGUUUUUAGGUAAUAGAAUCCAAAGAUAACAUUCAGAUGUCCAGCUGUAAUGGAAUUAAUAAAAUGUUUUCUUUACGAA